UUGAAAAUGCCUGUGCAAAGUAUAAAGCAGAGUGCUGAAGUCACAAACCCAGGUUGUAAGAUAACCAACAUCUUCUGGAAUAACAGAUUCUGUGAAUGCAGGAAAGGAAAAUCUAAGGGUUGAUCACUUUCUGAAAGUUCAUGGUUUUUUAUUCUGUUGUAGAACAAUGUAGAAACUGAGGAUAUUUUGAAGCUAGUUUCCAGACUCUGAGUGUCAUAGCUUGGAAUAGAGGUGCUUUUGCCUUAUAAGCAGUAUAAUAUCAGGAAGGAAAACCUUUAAGAUAACCUUAUUGAAAGGAUCCACAAGGAAGGGGAUUGACAGAUGGCUUGCGCUCAGAGUCAGUUGACUUUUGAGGAUGUGGCUAUCAGUUUCUCCAAGGAGGAAUGGAAGAGCCUGCAUACUUCUCAGAGGGAGAUGUACAGAGAUGUCAUGUUGGAGAAUUAUAGCCAUCUGGUUUCUGUAGGUCUUUCUGAUUCAAAACCAGAACUAAUCACCUAUCUUGAACAAAAGAAAGAACCCUGGAUGGAGAAUAUACAGGAAGUAAAAGGUCUGGAACCAGGAUUUGUUCCCAAAAGUGUCAACAGAGCAUACUUGUCCAAGAAAAAUAUUAGGAUAUUUAGGAAGAAACAAUGCUGAGAAAUUACAUAAAAGGAAGUUCUCUGCAUGCAG